CCCACUUGGGGCCUGCAGCGCUUUCACUUCCCCCAGGUGCCCAGCCUCUGCCCCAGCACAGAAGAGCACCUGGUCCACACUUGUGGCCAAAAACAGGAUGCAGACUCUGAGGGGCAAUGACAGAAAGCGGUGGGGGUGAGAAAGGAGGACAAGCAUUCAGAGACAAAGGGCCAGAAACCCAGAAAGGGAGAGGAUAGAGACUCUGAGGUUGGGGAAGACAGAAAUCCAGAGAGGGGAACAGAGACUCAGAGAGGAGAUAGAGACUCAGAGAGAAGGGAACAGAAACCAGAGAGGGAAGGACAAGAGACUCAGGGCUGGGAAGUGGGGACAGAGAUGGAUGCAGAGAUGGCAGAGCUUAGCAGGCAAUGAGGUCAGAGUGUCUGUGAGGUCGGCUGCUGGCCAGGACCAGCCUGGGGUCCUGGUGCCCAGAGUAAGUGGGUACUGGUAGAUCAGGAGUCCCUGUGAGUCCCCAGCCUGAGCCAUGGAGACCUGGGAGGAACUGCCCAGCAUGCACUUGGUGUCCAUAAAUUCCAAGAACCCUCAGUCGAAGAUGUCGGCCCAGGACAGCUGCCUCAGCUUCACCAAGUACCUCCUCUUCGUUUUCAACCUCUUCUUUUUCGUCCUAGGCAGCCUAAUUUUCUGCUUCGGUAUCUGGAUACUUGUGGAUAAGACCAGCUUCGUGUCAUUUGUGGGCUUGUCCUUCCUGCCUCUGCAGAUCUGGUCCAAGGCCCUGGCCAUCUCAGGAAUCCUCACCAUGGGUCUUGCCCUCUUGGGCUGUGUGGGGGCCCUGAAGGAGCUCCGCUGCCUACUGGGCCUGUAUUUUGGGAUACUGCUGCUCCUGUUUGUCACGCAGAUCACCCUGGGGAUCCUCAUCUCGACUCAGCAUAUCCGGCUGGAGCGGAAGGUGAAGGACAUCGUGCAGGAGACGAUCCAAAACUACCGCACCGACCCGGAGAAGAGCGCGGCCGAGGAGAGCUGGGAGUACGUUCAGUUCCAGCUGCGCUGUUGCGGCUGGAACUCUCCUCAGGACUGGUUCCGUGUCCCCAGCUUGAGCAGCAACAUGUCGGAGGCGUACCGCGUGCCCUGCUCCUGCUAUAACUCAUCGGCGACCAACGACUCCGCGAUCUUGGAUAUGAUCUCCCUCUCCCAAUUCAGCCGGGCCGGACCACUGGCGCGGCCCGGAUACAGCACAGACCUUUGCGUGGUCCCUGCAAACAGCUACACCUAUCGCGAGGGCUGCGAGAGGAGCCUCCAGAAGUGGUUGCACAACAACCUCAUCUCCAUAGUGGGCAUUUGUCUGGGUGUCGGCCUACUCGAGGUGAGUGUAGCGGUGAUGAGCCUGCUACUGUCACGCAGAGCGCUCCGCCGGGAACGGCAGCCGCAGGUGCCAGGCGCCGACGGUUCGUGCCCCGGGCCCAGCCUGAGCGCUGAUGGCGGCAGCGGGCGAGGUGGUGUGCUGAGCAACAGUGGGCGUAGCGGCAGUCUGUGGGGUAGCUGGGGCAAGGCGAAUGCUUGCCCCAGCUGGGGGUACAAGGCCUCUCAGGGCAAGCUGCCCAUGACCCUGGGGACCUGGCCGCUUUGGGAUCCAGACAAGCAACAGCCUGAGACCGGGAGCGCGGGCGCAGAGGUGGAGGUCCAGGUGGAAUUACAGGCGGAGGCAGAGGGGGAGAGAGAUGAGCCUCCGGAAUAA